CCUGUCUGUACCAGUUUGACAUUGACAUUUGCAUUUUGUACGUUUCGCCGUUUGCGCAGUUAUGUAUGUGCAAGAAUUUAUAUUUAUUGCUUUAUUUUUGUAAAAUGUUAAAGAGUGUUUUGUAAUUUCGAAAAUGCCUCCUACAAUCCAGCAAAAUAACCAGAACGGGACAGCCAAUGGCGUUGAAAAGAGACCAGUAAAAACUGUAGAAAAAAGGUCAGAUUUAAUAUGCAAAGUGAAGUACUGUAAUACUUUACCCGAUAUUCCUUUCGAUUUGAAGUUUAUAGCAUAUCCUUUUGAACCCAUAAGAUUUAUUCAAUACAACCCAACAUCUCUAGAGCGUAAUUACAAAUAUGAAGUGUUAACGGAACAUGACUUAGGUGUUAGUAUUGAUCUUAUAAACAAAGAUAUAUAUGCUAUUGAACCAGGAGCUACAUUAGAUCCUGCUGAUGAAAAAUUACUAGAAGAAGACAUUCUAACACCGCAAGACUCAAAAAGAUCUCGCCAUCAUGCCAAGUCAGUGUCCUGGUUGCGAAGAACCGAGUACAUUUCAACAGAACAGACUAGAUUUCAGCCUCAGACUAUGGACAAAGUUGAAGCUAAGGUUGGUUAUAGUAUUAAGAAGUCCCUUAACAAUGAAACAUUGUACAUGGACAGAGACUCUCAGAUUAAGGCUAUUGAAAAGACCUUUGAGGAUUCUAAGAAUGUCAUUGAGAAGCAUUACAGCAAACCUAAUGUGGUAGCUGUGGAUAUUUUGCCUGUUUAUCCAGAUUUCAGCCUUUGGAAGUACCCUUGUGCCCAAGUUAUUUUUGAUUCUGAUCCAGCUCCUGUUGGCAAGCAAGUACCAGCUCAGAUUGAAGAGAUGUCUCAAGCUAUGAUCAGAGGUGUGAUGGACGAAAGUGGAGAACAAUUUGUUGCCUACUUUUUGCCCACAGAAGACACUCUUCAGAAACGAAGAGAUGAUUUUGUCAACCAGAUACCAUAUCAAGAUGAUGAGGAAUAUGAAUAUAAGAUGGCAAGAGAGUACAACUGGAAUGUAAAGAGCAAGGCAAGCAAAGGAUAUGAAGAAAACUACUUCUUUGUGGCACGGUCAGAUGGAAUUUACUACAAUGAACUGGAGACCAGAGUAAGGCUGAGUAAGAGAAGGGUCAAAGCUGGUGCUCCACCUAGUAACACAAGGCUUAUUGUCAAACAUAGACCUAUGGAUGCUAAUGAGUUCCGAAUGCAGAGGUACCGAGAGAAACAGCUGGAACCACCAGGUGAAGAUGAUGAGGAAAUGGAGGUAGAUGAACCACAAGAAGAAGAAGCUACUCAAGAAGAACAAGAACAAGAAAAGGGGGAGAAAUCACCAUCCCGCUCUAGAUCUAGAUCAAACUCGUCUAACAGAAGCAGAUCUAGGUCAAAAUCAAGAUCCAAGUCCAGAUCAAAAUCAAGAUCUAAGUCUAAGUCUCAAUCUAGAUCCAGAUCUAGGUCUAAAUCUCGUUCCAGAUCACGUUCAAGAUCACGAUCGAGAUCUAAAUCCCGCUCCAAGUCCAGAUCCCCUUCAAAAUCAAAGUCUAAAUCUAAAUCCCGUUCCCGAUCUAAAUCUAAGUCUAAAUCCCGUUCCAGAUCGAAAUCUCAAUCCAAAUCGCCUUCGAGAUCAAGAUCAAGGUCUCGUUCUAAGUCAAAGUCGAGAUCCAGAUCUGCUUCAGGCUCUAGAUCACCUUCUGGCUCCAGAUCCAGGUCACCUUCCAAAUCAAAGUCAAGGUCCAGAUCCAGGUCUAGAUCAGGUUCCAAAUCUGCUUCUAGAUCUAGAUCGUCUUCCAAAGCUUCUUCCAAAUCGGGAUCAAGGUCCAGAUCAGGAUCACGAUCAGGAUCGGGCUCAGAAUCGGGGUCUGGAUCUGAAAGUGACUAAAAUUAUUAUAUAUAAGUUUUAUUAGACAUAUUUCAAGUUAUUUGAAUUUGAAGAUAAAUAAGCUAGCUAUUGUAAUAAUUUUACAGUAUAAAAUUAUUU